ACUUCCGCCGUGACGCUCGGUGUAAUCGCGCGGCACGGAUUAGACGCAGCUGCUCAAUCCGGGGGAUUGACGGAACUGCAGCGGCAGAAGUUCGUCAGAGAGGAAUCUGAACGAACCGAACCUCGGUUCGGUCGAGGCGGGGCGUCUCUGUCCUCUCCGCCGUGUCUGUGUCAGAGACCGGAACAUGCCUGAAGCGUGACGGUAAACUGGUCCAACGGGAGGGGAGGACAGGUGAGACGGUUUCAUAAAGAAGUCCCACCUGGACAUGGAGCUGCCGCCUGCUCACAACAACAACAACAACAACAUGCGAGGAAAGUUCCUGCGAGCCGGAGUGUGACAGAACCCGCAGAAAGGCAUGGCUCGUCGCUCCCAGUGCUCCUCCGCUGGGGAUAACCCCCUCGACCCCAACUACCUCCCACCCCACUACCGGGAGGAGUACCGCCUGGCUGUGGACGCACUGGUCGAGUCCGGUUUGGACGGGUACUAUGAGUUCCUGCAGAAAGUGGACGUGGUGGACUUCCUGUCCACCUCCGAGCUUCAGUACAUCCAGAGCUGCGUUCAGACUCCGAGGCAGAGCGGCCAUCCCGAGCAGCAGCAGCAUUUCCUGGACGUCGGUGGAGAUGGAUCCUCCGACACUUAUUGGCCCGUUCACUCGGACCUGGAGGUCCCGGGUUUGGACCUGGGCUGGCCUCAGAUGCACGCCUUCAUGGAGCCCACAGAGGUCACGACCCUGGUUAACCCCCCCGAGCCGGACAUGCCAAGUAUCAAGGAGCAGGCCCGGCGGCUCAUCAAGAACGCUCAGCAGGUGGUUGCCGUGGCGAUGGACGUGUUCACGGACGUGGACAUGUUCGCGGACAUCCUGAACGCAGCGGCGAGGAGAGUGGCCGUUUACGUGUUGCUGGACGAGCAGAACGCUCAUCACUUCGUCAACAUGGUGGCCAACUGCCGGGUCGACCUGGACAACUUCCAGUUUUUACGAGUCAGAACCGUGUCUGGGAUCGCAUAUCGGUGCCGCUCGGGAAGGUCCUUCAAGGGUCAGAUGAUGGACCGCUUCCUGCUGACGGACUGCAGGGCGGUGCUGAGUGGAAACUACAGCUUCAUGUGGUCCUUCGAGAAGCUGCACCGCUGCAUGGCGCACCUGUUCCUCGGACAGCUCGUGACCACCUUCGAUGAGGAGUUUCGGAUUCUGUUUGCUCAGUCCCAGCCGCUGAUCGUGGAGAAAGUGCUCGCUCCGAUGGAGGAUUUGAACGUGUUGCAGCAGAAACAGUAUUUUAACGACAACGCUGCACUGCGCAGAGACCCCAGGAAGUUUUUAUCCCUGGAUAGUGGUCAUCCAGAUGAAUGGGGAAGACAUUCGUAUGACGAGCGGAUGGAUGACAAUUGGAGGAUGACGGCUCUAAAACGACAGGAUACCCUUCGUGGCCCUGCUGAUGUCUACAAUAGGUUUACUCCCCAGCAGACCCGCAUGGAUCCAGGUUUUGAUCAGGGCCCCUCCCGAAUGUUAAUGACAGAAAAUCCUGCCUUCAAACGGCACUCCUUUGCCGAAGGAGUCCAUAGUAGACACUCUAUGCCUUUCAUGCAGGGGAUGCCCGAGUCUGAGCCUAAAGGAAACGUUUACCACAGAGGCCAGCAGCCUUAUCCAGGACCAGCACCAGAAUCAGAAUACAGUGCCUAUGACAGGUUCUGGAACCAAGACUAUCUGCCAACAGAUCAAUACCCUGAACCUUAUUUGCCACAAGAGGUUCCACCACCGGAUAACUUUGACCCCGUUCUCAGCUAUUUGUCAUCUACCAGAAAUGUAGACUAUGACCAGAGCUCCGAGAAGUUCCCACCGGCGGCAGAUUUGUUGUAUGUGUCCCCCCGCUCUAAAAGACGGGGGUUAGCCCAGCCACAUGCCUAUCAGACCUCCCCCACGCCUUCAAACUCUGCUGAACAAAAGCAGUUCCUCCAAGAUCCUGCCGUUAGCCGCAAGGAUCCUGCUGUGAAACAGGGACUGAGGAACUGGAGGAUUAACUCGUACCUGAGUGCGUAUGACGAUCCAGAAGAAGAAAGCUUGCCUUUGGUUCCACCACAGGGAACGGAUGCUUUUGAAGAGCCACCUAGACCCGCACUGCAAACUGCGCCAGGGAUGGAUUUAUCAGUUCCCAAAAUACCUUAUGUCAAAGAGUUCAAGGUUCCUGCAAUGCCCAGGCCUAGCCAGAUGCCAAGCUAUGCCAAAGCAACUCCUCAAGAGAGGCCAAAGAUGUAUCUGGAUGAACAUGCUCCAGCGGCAGUAGAGAUUAAAGUAACACCGACACCUUCAGAGUCGUCAACUGAAGGAGAAAAGACAAAGGAGACGGAACAAAAGGAGCCAAAAGCCUCUUUGCUCACAAGGGAGGACUCCUUCAGGAGGCAGUACAACACUGCUACGCAGAGGAGCUCCAGGCUGAGGUCUUCUCUGAUCUUCAGCUCCUUGGAGUCGCAGCAGCCUCCUCAGGAAACGGCAGACCAGCCUGAUGAAGAGAGCGAGAAAAAUAAAACCGAACAGAUAAAACUGCCUUUCGCCUCUCACGUUUCGAGGCAGAGGAAAUCGGCUGCAAGGGAACCGUUCGAAUGGAGUCGUUUCAUUAAAUCAACCGCUGAAACGUCCAAAGCUGAGGAUAAAGGUUCCUCGAAGGAGGGGGAACCGAAGGAUCCUUCAGAUAAUCCUGAACCAAAGGAGACGUUAAAACAGCCAGAUGUAGAGUCUCCAUCGAUGGAUCGAUCCAAGUCUUCUGAAGCAGAGCCGUCCAGAACUGAUCCGUCCGUACAACCAACCAAACCGUUCCUCACAGCGCCGCUGUUUGUAGACAUGAGUGACGCUGAUCAGAGGUUCAUGUUCUUUAAAGAGCUGGCAGCAAAGCGAAAGGCUGCUGAAGCUGCAAAGGCUGAAAAGAAAAAAGAUAAAGCAGAGGCCAAACCACAAGUGGACCUAAAAAACAGUUUAAGUUUCCAGAAGCAGGAGCCUCUUCCAAAGGUAGCCUCGAUAUCUGAGGGUUUAGCUCAAACUGUUGCAGAGAGUUCAGGGAAGACGUGUGAACCAGCGUCUGUAGAUGUCUGUGGAAAUACCAGCAGGAAGAACUCUUUGGUCAGCAGUGACGUAAACACAAGUACCUUCAGUGGACAAGAAACCAAACCGUUUAAUUCAGAGAAAACAAAGUUCGACAAACCGUCCGUGUUGGAUCUCCAUGUUUCUGCAGAACCGGGUGCAUGUCAGGACAAACCUAAAGAAGAACAAACCGAGUCGAUGUCUUUUCUUAAAGGUUCUCCUUCAUCGUUCUUAGCUCGAUCCAUGUCAUUUGAAGCUAAGCUCCCACAAACCGAUCAGUUGGCAGAACCAUCUAAGCCUUCGCCUGCUGGUCGGCUACAUGGAGACGUAAAUAAUCCGUACAAGAGGCUCAUGUAUUUUAAACAGUUGGCAGCGAAACAAAAAGCUGAUGAAGCUGCGAAGGAUAAAUCAGAAAUAAAGCCACAAGUGGAUCUUAAAACCAGUUUGGUUUUCCAAAAGGAAGAGGCUCUUCCAAAAAUCCCUCCAGAAAGUGUCAGAUCGUCAAUAGCUGAAGGUUUGUUGAAGGACACGCCUGUUGUAGAGAGUUCAGGGAACGUCGUUUCCACAGAAACAUCUGAGUCAGCGUCUUUGUCUUUCCACAGUGGUAACAAUACCAGCAGGAAGAACUCUGUGGUCAACAGUGAUCCCAGUACCUCAGAUGCAUGUACUGGACAAGAAAACAAACCUUUGGAUUCAGGGAAAACAAAGUUGGACAAACCGUCGAGGGCGAGUCUCCCGGUUUCUGCAGAAACAGAUGUGCAUCAAAGAACCUCGCUGGAACAAACGGAGUCAGCUUCUUCAGAUAAAGAUUCUUCUUCAUCAUCGACUCGGUUCAUGUCAUCGGAAGCUGAGCUACCAAAGACUGACCUGUUGGUAGAACCAACCAAACCAACGCCUCCUGCUCCGAAACCUGUAGACGCCAGUAACCCGUACAGGAGGUUCUUGUAUUUUAAAGAGUUGGCAGGAGCACGAAAGGCUGAUGAAGCUACAAAAGCUGAAAAGGCUAAAGCAGAGAUUAAACCAGAGGCAACAACUCUUCUGAAUGUAGCUUCAGAAACGGAGGCUUUAUUAAAGAAAGGGCGUGUUGUUGAGGGUUCAGAGGUCAUGUCCACAAGAACACUGGAGUCCGACUCUUCAGAUGCCUGCAGUGAACAAGAAACCAAACUGUCAGUGACUUCAGAGAACACGGACAGGCAGUCGGUGUCAGAUCUCUCAGGAAUGCCGUGCCAGAACAAAUCAUUUGAAGAAGAAACCACGUCGAGUUCGUUCGUUAAACGCGCCGCGCCAUUUCUGGCUCGAUCCAAGUCGACUGAAGCAGCGCUUCCCAAAACCGAUCAACUGGUGCAACCAACCAAACCAUCGCCAGCUCCGCUGCUUGUUGACAUGAGCGACACCGAGAAGAGGUUCACGUAUUUUAAAGAGCUGGCCGCGAAACGAAAGGCCGCUCUGGCUGAAAAGGAAUGGAACAAGGCAGAGGAGAAACGACAAGUUGAUCUUAGAUCCAGAUCACUUUUACUGAAGGAAGAGCUUCUUCCAGAUGCACCUUCAAAAAGCACAAACGCUUCGACAUCUGAAGUGAACGCUGCCGUUUCAGAAGGUUCAGGGGACACCGUGUCCUCAGAAGCAUCUCAAUCAGUUUCUUUGUCUUUAGCCACCAAAAAGGACCAUGCCUCUCCAACCUGUGGAGACCAAGAAACCAAACAUUUAGCUUCAGAGGAAACAGGCCAACAGUCAUUGGGGAGUCUCCCUGUUCCUGCACAAACUGAAGCCCGUCUGAAGACGGUACCAGAAGAACCAAGUGUGCCAGAUCCUGUUGUAGCCGGGAACUCUCAGAUAGCUGCUGCCCCUGUUCACGUUUCGUCUCCUGGUACUGAUGAAACAGAAAACGUCACUCCAGAGUCUACCUCAGAGGAGUCCAGGUCAGUGGAUUCUUCAUCAUCUCCUGGACUGCACGCUCACCUCCAACAUCCUGAAUCCUCCCAGUCACAAACCAAAACCGUCUCUCUUCUCCCGUCUGAACAAAACACUGGAUCAGACACGUCUGAUGAAGCUCUGAUCAUUUCUGGGUCUCAGAACAGUUCUCCUCUGACAGAAGAGACCUCUGAUGUUUGUCCAGAACCUUCUAAAGUUGAUGAAACCAAAGCACAGGAACCUGUUGAAUCCUCCCUGCAAGAGUCCUCUCAUAUAUCUAAUGAAACUCCACCAAAACCUGGUGUCGAAACUGGUUUAGAUCAUGUUCCCACAUCUGGUUCCUGCCAACCAACGUCACUACAACUGGACGGUCUGAACACUGAAACUGGUUUAGAUCAUGUUCCGCAGUCGUCUGAUGACAGUUUACAAAAAUCUGAUCGUCCGAACAACAAAACUGCUUUAAAUUUUGUAUCAACCGAGAACCCAUCAGCAGAUGAGUCCUCAAAUGUAGGAACUGGUCCGAAGCCAAACCUGUUCCCCUCCCCCACGAGCUGUGAGGAGGUUUCAGCUGCUGCACCUUCAGCAGAAGGAGCAGAACUAGGAAAAGAGGAGCGCGAGGCUCCUGGAUCAUCUGGGGAUAUAAAAUCUGACGCCACCUUUGGACCCGAGUCAGGUUUACUGUCUGAACCGGAGAGUUCCUUCUCCAGACCUGACGUAAACAAGGAAGUUGAUGUCAGAAGGACUUCACUGGAGGCUCCAUCUGAUCGACUGACUUCAGAGACGGGAUCGGUAAAACAAGCGGCUCCGUCACAUGACCUCGGCCUGACGGGCUUCGAUGCACCCGGCCCUGCUGAAACGGUCUCGUCUGAACCGGAGCGAUCCCUUGAAACGAUAAAAACUGAAACCAACGUAUCUGCUGUGGAUUUAAACUUAAAGGGAUCGGCACCGAUGGUAAGCGGCUUGCCUGAGCCUGCGCUGGACGCCAGAUCAGAGGCUGACAUGACCUGUGAACCAGGCGAACCAGACAAAACGUCCCAAACAAGCAAAGAGCCCGAACCAUUGGAGCCAACAGAACUCCAGUCAGUGAACAUGGAACAAAGAAACUCAGAGGACCAAAAUGACAAAGAUUCUGGUACUCAAGACUCCGUUAGCAGUGACCAAACGAACGAGCAGACAAAACAAAAUAGCAGCACCGGCCCAACAGACGCAACGUCCAAGCAGCCCAAACUGAGCCCGUCCCGCUACAACUCGUCGACCGCAAACGUGCUCUCGAGCAGCAACCUGCGGGACGACACCAAGCUGCUCCUCGGGAAGAUCUCCGCUAACUGCCAGAGCAGGAACGACGCCAACCGGGAGCCCGCCGUCACCGACGACGAAAAGGAGGACGAGAACGCCAAAAAAGAGAAAGACGGAAGAUGUAGGACGUCCGACAAAGAGCAGGCGAAACCGAAUCCGGAGCGCGAGAAAGUGCUGGAGAAGUUUGAGAGCAUGAGGAAGGAGAAGAGGGUUUACAGUCGUUUUAUGUUUUAGGUGUUAAAAGUUUCACGUUGCUGUUUACAAAAACCAUCUGUUACUUUAAGAGGACGCGAACGGGUCUGGAGAAUAAACGGAUCUUUGAUCGACUGAAAAAUGAAACGUUUUCAGCUGAAAUAUCUUUUACGUCACAGAUUCCACUGUAUUCUCGUCAAACACGGUUUUUAUGCACAGAAAUAAAUAAUCUGACGGUUGCGUCACAAGUUGAAAAUAAAUAAUCUGACGGUUGCGUCACAAGUCGACGGUCAGUUUGAAAAACCCGAGGGCUCGGACUGAACGGAGGGAUCGAGGAGUUUUCGCUGAGACUUCAGGCUCGGCUGUUCUGUGACGUGACGAGAGGCUGUACGAUCGUACUUUACCGUACUUUGUAUCGUUUGUUGUAAAAAAAAAAAAAGAAAACCAUGCUUGUUUUUCUGCAUAAAUUUGUUAAACGAAUGGACCAACGCUUGUUUU